GCUGUUGUGACUGAAGAUCAAGAAGGAGGCAGAAAAACUAAUUUAUAACUCAACUACUUGAAAUAAGGAGGAUUUUCUGGUGGACUGGACUGACUUUGACUUGAAAUUGUAGAACGAUGGCUUCUCACAAGCGGAUCCUGAGCGCCCUGGGGAACGGUCCGGCCCGGCGGAACCUGUUCGGCCCAUUGGACCGAGAGCAGCUGCAGGCGGAGUACAAGGCCGCCCUGCAUAAAGACCUGGAGGAGGCCUCACAGCGCUGGGGCUUUGAUUUCUUCUCGGACAAGCCUCUGGAGAGCAGCGACUUCCAGUGGGAGGGCAUCCCAGGCAGCGGAGUGCCGUUGCUCUACAGACCCUGCAUGCUGGGCCGGGGUCAGGCAAGAGGCCAGAGGGCGGCAGAGGCGACGGUUACUGCCAGAGGAGGAAGGGUGGAGCCCCGGCAGAGCGGGAAGGAGAACAUCCCUCAGACGCCCGAGAAAUUCAUGCUGAGCCUGGACAAGCUGGAGAAAACCCCAGACCGAGGCGAGAACGGAGGGUUGAAGAGGAAACAGACAAACCUUACAGAUUUCUAUCAGGCCAAAAGAAGAGUGGUUUGGAUGCCACGCAAAUCCGGCGAGUGAUAUUCGGUGGAGCUUUUGCUGCAAAGGUGCCAACAUUCCAAGAGAACAACACAAACACUCAGGAAUCAAACGUUCUGCACAGACUCUCUGCACAGGCACUCAGCAGGAGGUCGUGUAUCCGGCAAACCAUCUGACAACUAAAGGGACCUCAUGUCAUUACUAUAAGGUUAAUUAGGGUACUCUAUUCACUUAGAGGGUAGGGGGGGCGGGGUUGGUGUGUUUCCCAGUGGUAAGAAGGGGACGUUUGAGCAGAGAAGAUUAACAGUAAUCUCUGGAUUUAUACUCAUUUGGAUCGAGGGGUUGCCAAAGUGUUGACGGACAUUUCCUACUGUGCAUUCCACAGCGUCAGGUUUCUGUAGGAGAAAACGAUGGACGAACGCAAUAACUGUACACACUUGAAUCAGGUGCCUCGCUGGCUCAAAUCAUUUUGUCCGAAAGCUGCAGAGUGACUGAAAACGGUGAAUGGAUGGUGGCUCCUUUGUUCAAUUCCACUAUUGUUUUUCUACAGUGUUUUUUUUUUUUUUAACGUGUAUCACAAGGGCUAGGAGUCUUGUUUUUGUUUUUUUACUCUCCAGAGUGUGUAAUACUUUGUAUCCUGAGCUGUACAAUCAUGCUUUAUCCACCAUCAUGUACUCAUAGGAAAAUGCUUGAAGAGUUGUGAGAUCUUGAACAUGCAGUUUGCUUUUGCUUAGAUUGUAAAUGACAGAAGUGCCAUCAUGUCCUCUUCCAUCCUUUCUACUGUAUGUCAAUCGAUUUUCAAAGCAUGUCUCCAUAGCUGCCCUGUCCAGCACCAGAUAAUGUGGGUUAUGAGUGUAGCACCAUAACACCUAAACACUUAUAUUUAGAUUAUAUAUAUAUCAGAGAUUUAUCUAUAGAGUUUAUUACAGCAUUGUGAAGUAGCAUUAUCACAGAAGCACUGCAGUAUUGCACAUAAAUGUGAUGGUGGUGCAAACGACGCGCCCAGCAUCAAGUGCCUUUCGGGCAUUUGUUUCGGUAUUUGAAGCUCCUUAAAGGACAAUCAGAAGACCGCGUUCUCUGAAGCAAACGUAUUAUUUAGUAAGCUAAAGUGGCAUGCUUUCUGUUCUUCUCUAUUCUGAAACGCACUGCGGUUUAACAGACAGUGUGUUACAAUCUGCCUCAAAACUAACAGAACGUUAUUGUGGCUUGUGUUGGCGAAUCCUGCUGCUAUGAGUGAUCUGAAGGGGAGUCACACACAGUCACUGUAACGCUCAUCCUGUUCGCAAACACUACAGCGAAGCAAAUCACCCCAGAACAAUGAAAGCACUUCUGUUUAUAGCUGCUUGUGCACAGGUCCUACAUGUUGUUCUAUGUUAUAAGCUGCAAAUGAAAAGAUCUAUCCUUAUUUAUUGUGAGAUACUAUGCCUGGUGUUAAUUUAGAUUUUUUUUAAUUAUUAUGAGAAUUCCAAAUUCGAAUAAAAUAUUCAAAUGGA